ACUUAAUUAAAAACAACAACUCCUACAAUAUGCAAGGAUACAGAUCAUACACCAUGGAAAAUCAUCACAAUAUCCAUCAUGAUAAUAAUGAACAAAAACCCUUAGUAGUGGAUUUAAUGACUGGCCAAUAUGGCAAACCACAAACUCCACCACCCUCUCCUACUGAAUGUUUAUCCAGUCCUGAUACCUCUUUAAAUGGCAGCCGUAACAAUUCUUGUGAAAUUCCCGCCGAUCCCUCAGUACGCCGUUAUCGUACUGCUUUUACCCGGGAUCAAUUGGCUCGUUUGGAAAAGGAAUUCUACAAGGAAAACUAUGUCUCCAGACCACGCCGCUGUGAAUUGGCUGCCCAAUUGGGUUUGCCUGAGUCGACCAUUAAAGUUUGGUUCCAAAACCGUCGCAUGAAGGAUAAGCGUCAACGUAUUGCCGUCGCCUGGCCUUAUGCUGCUGUUUACUCAGAUCCCGCUUUCGCUGCUUCCAUUUUGCAAGCUGCUGCCAAUAGUGUGGGUAUGCCUUAUCCUCCUUAUCCCGCUGCUGCUGCCAAUCCCAUGUUAGCCACCGCCAUGCCCUCCAUGCCAGUACAUGGCCACAAUCCCUAUGGACAAUACCGCUACAAUCCUUAUCACAUUCCCCAACGUCCUCAACCAGCUGCUCAUCAUUUAGCUCAUGCCAUGCCUCCUCAUAUGUCGGCUAAUCCCAUGGCUGCUGCUGCCGCCGCUGCUGCUUAUCCCUCAAUGUUGGGUGCCAUGCCUCAUGCGAACUAUGCCAAUAAAACUCAAACUCCCCCCUUGGAUUUGCAAUCAUCCUCCUCGCCUCACUCCUCCACCUUGUCAUUGAGUCCCGCCGGUUCGGAUCAUACUAAAGUAUUUGAUCGCAGUUUGAGUCCCUUAAGAACCAGUGUACAACAACCCAUUACUUUGCCUUUAUUGCAACCUGCCCAACAUGAAAAUUUACACUUCAAUGCCGCCUCCUCAUCCGCCAAUUCAGGACUUCUAAUGCCCACCCUCACCACCACCACCAGCAAUUCGGUUAAACGUCCUGCCUCUUCCAUGUCACCACCACCACAAACUUCUCUAAACGCUGAAUCCAAACCCAAACUAUUCAAACCCUACAAGACUGAAGCCUAA